CGAUUCGCCCGCUUCUUCGCGGCUGGCUCCGUCGCCUCCCUGCGCCGCUCGCUCGCUCUCUCCUCCCUUCCUUCCUUCCCUCCCCUUCCCGCCUCGCGCGGCGCUUCUCGCCCCUUCCCUUCCCUCCUGGCCGCCAUGUCGCCGGUGCGGGCCGUGCUGGCGCUGCUGGCCGCGCUCUGGGCCCCGGCGGCCGGCUACUUCGUCAGCAUCGACGCGCACGCGGAGGAGUGCUUCCUCGAGCGGGUCCCGUCGGGCACCAAGAUGGGCCUCAUCUUCGAGGUGGCCGAGGGAGGCUUCCUCGACAUCGACGUGGAGAUAACGGGCCCUGAUAACAAGGGGAUCUACAAAGGAGACCGAGAGUCCAGUGGGAAAUACACCUUUGCUGCUCAUAUGGACGGGACAUACAAGUUCUGCUUCAGCAACCGGAUGUCCACCAUGACUCCAAAGAUAGUGAUGUUCACUAUUGACAUUGGUGAAGCUCCGAAAGGACAGGAUAUGGAGACGGAAGGUGGUGGAGAUACCUGGGAUGCUCAUCAGAACAAGCUAGAAGAGAUGAUUAACGAAUUGGCGGUGGCCAUGACAGCCGUCAAGCACGAACAGGAGUACAUGGAAGUGCGCGAAAGGAUACACAGAGCAAUUAACGACAACACAAACAGCCGCGUGGUGCUUUGGUCCUUCUUCGAAGCCCUCGUACUAGUUGCCAUGACACUGGGACAGAUCUACUACCUGAAGAGGUUUUUUGAAGUCCGGAGAGUUGUUUAAUCAAACAUUUGAUUUCCCUUCCCCCCCCCCCCCAACACCCUCCCUCCUCUCCCUCUCCGGCGAACCCCAGAUUCUCCAUCCACCGUCUACCAAACAACUUGGUCGCAAAACUCGCUUCGUUUUAUCCCUGCUUUCUGAACGAUAAAAGUUUCUUCUUAGUUUAAUUUUUUUAUAUAUAUAUAUAUAUAGAAAGAGAGAGAGAGAUUAGGCAAUAUGUGCUGGGAGCUUUUUGCUGGAAUUGGCAGUCGCGUUGCCCAUCAAGCUGGCGUGAGUUCAACCAAAUUGCAUUGGUUUUUUUUUUUUUUAAAGCAGCACCGUGGGUUGUCUUUAAACUCUCUCCCUUGGUUCUUUUUUUCUUUUGGUAAACGGAAUGCGUUUUUUGUCCAGGAGCAACGGUAGGUCCUGAGAGAAUUGCUUUCCAGACCCUGUGGUAAACUCUUCACUGAAGGAUUUCUUCCCUGCUUCACAUGGGCUGCCAAGAAAGAAAAGGGAGGGGAAAACACCUAAAAAAAAGAAAACGGCGCUUCACCAUAACAGGAUCCAGCCAAUGGCUUUGUUCAGGACACGCGUAGUAGGUUUGGGUAAAACCUCCCGCCUCCUUGACUGCAACCACACCGAUUUGUGCACCGCAUUUCUUUUAAAGAGAUAAAAGACGCAGCAUGCGUUCCCAUCUGUUAACUAGCACUGUCUUGAGUUUGCAAAUGGGCGAAAGGGGGAAGCCCCUGGGAUCAAGCUGAUGAAAGAGUAAUCUCUCCCCCCCCCCUCCACUUGUCGCUCACUGAUCCAAAGCUCCUCCCGUUUUUAGCACUACCGAAGAGCUGGGGUUCCGGAGCCCAGUUCCCGAUGCCAAAUUUUGGGGCUAGGGAGACGGGGAGAUAGGAUUAUGCUAUGCAGCCUGUAAGUUAACGAGCAGUCAUUUGGUUAUAGUUAGGAUUGCUUCCGUCUUUUCUGAGGGACGUCCCUGUGCCUUUUACAUGGCUGGGAGAAACACGACAGGGCUGCAGCACUUCCCUGACCGUGCAUCUAGCCAGGAGCCUUUUGUGUGGCGAAUAGCAGCACCGCAGGGAGAUGUUCAACAGGUGCAGUUUCUUCUUGCGAUGGCACUUCCAGGAUGAGAUUUUCCCCACCGGUUGAAUUUCUCCCAAGUUGUGGUGCCAUUUUUUUUUUUAAAAGCACAGGAGCCUCCUUCAAGAAAGGUGCCAGCAAGCCCCUUUUUGGCUAUCACGAAAAAAACCCAACAUAUUUUUGUGCUUUCUCUCUGUACAGACACAACGCUGGCUUUCAGUUUUUGUACAGACUAUUUUUCUCGCUUACCUGUACGAUGGGUUUAAAAAUCGCAGUGUCUGUUGACGGGAGCGGGUGAUGAUCCCAAGAUUAUGUUGUGGCUAAUGUAUAUUGGACUGAUGUAUAUUGGUUGUAAUUCGGGGUGGGGGCGGGGGAAUCGGGUUCUUUUCAAGAUCGGGGCGAAGGGGCAUUCUAUUGGUUACGCCCCCGCCCCAAAAGUUUUGUACCAAAUUUAAUUUAAUUAAAAAUUGUUACAAGUUUUCACGGUCCAAGCAAUCUUUUUCGGUCUCAGGCAGGCAAUUUUAACAGCAGAUCUUCAAAUCGAGGGGGAGGGGUGUUAUCUCUCCCCCCCCCCUCCCCACGUUACCGUGACUGUUGUAUGCCAACUCUGUGUGCUGAAACACUUGGAAAUUUGAGCUAGAAGAUGUACAAGUGCUUGCAAGUUGAAAUAUGGCCAGAUUCGGUAAAUAAACACCUUCUUUUAAAAGAACGAAAUAAA